AUGCUUUCGGUAGCCAAACGAGGUGUCGGAAGCGUGCUAACCCGACGAGCAUUUAGCCUCUCUGCAUCGGCAAGCGAUGCGAAACGUGCGAAUAUUUCCAACUAUAAAGUGGUUGAUCAUACUUACGAUGCUGUCGUUGUUGGUGCAGGAGGUGCAGGACUUCGUGCAGCUAUGGGAUUAUCAGAAGGUGGUCUGAAGACCGCGGUCAUCACCAAGAUCUUCCCCACACGAUCGCACACAGUGGCUGCUCAGGGAGGAGUGAACGCAGCCAUCGGAAACAUGAAUAAGGAUGACUGGCGCUGGCACUUCUACGACACUGUGAAGGGAUCAGACUGGAUAGGCGAUCAAGAUGCAAUUCAUUAUAUGACCAGAGAAGCUUGCAGGGCUGUUAUAGAAUUAGAAAACUAUGGUAUGCCGUUUUCUCGCACUCUUGAUGGGAAGAUAUACCAACGUGCUUUCGGUGGGCAAUCCAAUGACUAUGGGCGCGGUGGUCAGGCUCACAGAACUUGUUGUGUUGCUGACCGAACAGGGCAUUCACUUCUGCAUACACUUUACGGAGCUUCGCUGCAGUACGACUGUAAUUAUUUCGUCGAAUAUUUUGCACUUGAUCUCAUAAUGGACAAGGUAUGCAUUUUGUAA